UGUCUCACUUAUUAGGUUCAUAAUCCCACCUGAAGUAAUUCCUGGAAAUCCUUCUGAUUUCCCCAGAAGGAAAAUGAAAAUACAGUGGCGAUUAUUAUAAAGGUUGGACCAAAUGCCUACCUGUAUAGAGAUUUUCCCUACCAAUAUAAGCCCAUUUUCCGCUGUAAAUAUUACACCGGACACAAAAAAUUACACAAUAAUAUUUAGACAGAACUCUAAUCUACCUGAUUAAUUUGUUUGCACAAGGGAUAAGAUAAUAAAGAAUCACUUUCAAGCAAUUUUUCUAGGACGUAUUUUCACAACAAAAAUUAAACCAUUUUUCUAAAAUAUGAACACGAAAGUUUAAGGUUAUGUCAAUUACUGACAUAAACGAAAACAUCUGGUGAAUAAAAAAAAAAUUCUUGGAGUUUACAUUGAAGUUCAGCAGGAGAUAAACACCAGGAGGAUAGCUGAAUUGGAGGCUAACCAGGCCAAAGCAAUUCAGGAAACUGCCCCCACCGUCGUUGGAGUGACGGAAGCUUCAAUGAAUGAUUAGAAAAUUCCUCUAUGUUUGUGUCUCUUCGCCGGAAUUCCAGCUUUCGGGAAGACGUCAACAGCCAGGAGGAUUUCCAGCAUGUCCAGUGAUCUAACAGUUUAUCAUCUGUGCUAUGAUGAUUUUGUGAAGCCUGGGACAUGCUAUAUAUAUAUGGAAAUGUUGCGGAGAAUAGAGGAGUUUGUUGAGAAAUUCCAGGAAUUGGAGGAUCCGGGUGUUUUGAUUAUCGACGACAUUAUGACGUACAGCAGCAUGAGGAAGGAAGUUUACAGUGUGGCUAGGAAGCACAGAACUGGGUACUUUCAGGUGUGGUUUAUGAUUUCCCUGGAAAAAGCCCUGGAGAGGAACAGGAGCCGUUCGAAUGCGGUUCCGGAUGUCACAAUUGCUAAUCUCUUUUCAAAAAUUGAGCCUCCUCCUCAAGAUACCAAUCUGCAGACCCUUACCAUUGAGGAAAAUCAAAGCCUGGACUUCAAUGAGUUCAGAGAAAAUGUACUUUACCACCUGGCCAAUCCGGAGGAGCCUCCAGAGCCGCCGAGGCAAAAGGAGAAAGUUGAACCAUCGGAAUUGCACAAAAUCGACCUGAUCCUUCGGCAGGAAAUCUCCAGGAGAAUCAGAGAAGCCCCAGAUCGAGAAACCCUAAAAGACUCUCAGAAACCCUAAAUAAUAGCAGAAGGAAGAAUAUUUUAAAGGAUUUCCGGGAAUCUUCCCGGAUCCCCGAAAGCAUAGAUGAAAUGAGAAACCUCCUGGACAGACACUGUACAAAAAAUUCCUUUGAAUAAACCCCUUUUAUUAUUUAUUUAUAAUAUCGCUAAAAAAAUCUAUUUUCCAUUGUUUAAUUUAAUGUUUAAUGACCACCUAAGUUCCACUGUUGCCCUGUGAAGCCUGAUAUCCUCUAAAAAUUUAUUUGGAGGCGCGCACAACUCCCUGAAGAUAUUUAAUCUACACAGUAGCAGAAUGAGGGAUUUGGCUCAGGAUUGAAGCUUUAUCGGAUGAACAGGACCAUCAGUACAGAUUUUGAGAAACCCUCAGGGGCAGUUGAGCAUCUCAAGCGGUUGUCGUUGAGUAAGAUUUGCGUAAGAUUUCAUUGAGAAAGAUGCCACUUCCGGAAACCAUUGAAUUCAAAGUUCACUGCUGACUUUCCGGAAGAUCAGGAUUCCAAAGGCUGCAGAAGUGUCCUGUCCCCAGUUCUCGUUCUGUUUUGGGAAAUUUCCUGAAGAUUAUAGUCUGCAUUGACUGUCUCAUCCACACUGUUGCGUUUCUCGCUUCUUACUUUGUUUUUCACCAUCUUCUGGAUCUUCUGCGUAAAUAAAUAGAAUAUAUUUUGUAUUGUAUUUAUCGCUAACAUAAAUAAAAUAAUUAACUCACCUUACUUUGAAAUGAAUCACAAAAUGUUUCACAAUCUUCAUGAACUUACUUCUUUUGAAAAAAACAAAAACAAAAUAUGAAAGUGAGGUUAUGUUAAAGAUACACAAAAAUCAAUUAUAAGCUGUAGGAGCUUAUGGGAGAUGUGAUUCUUUCAUUGUGUAAUCGGUUUGUGCAAUCUUGAAAAAAUAUUCUUAUGUGUAAAUAAUGCAAAUUUGUUCCAUAAAUACUCAACUGCGGCAUAAUUGUGUGAGAUUAUUUUUGAUUUAUUGACUAUGGUUUUUAUUUUCUAGAUUCUAGUAUUCGAUGAAAUCACAUGAUUGCAAUAGGUGUGAGGACGAAAGAAUCUGAUACAAUGACAGUGAAUUAUCAAGCAUGGCUCUUUCUUAUUUUAAAGCAUGGACAGAAGAAGGAUUUAUUGAUUUUCCACCACCCACAAAACAAGGCUUUCUUAUGAAAAAGAUUUUUCCAGAAAUAUUAACCAUGGUCAACCCUCAAUGACCUGUAAUAGGAAUUUCUUCUGAUAAAUAUUAUUCACUAUGAAAAAUCGUAUGAAAUAUCAUCCAUAGAAAUUACAGAUUUGGGUCUAUUUUCGAUUUUUGCUUCCUGGAACUAGGAACAAAGGGCUAGGCUCC